AUGUUGAGUGACAGGCUGCUGCUCAACGUCCACAACGAGCUUGGCAACGCGAGCACGAGUCUGCACUUUCACGGCUUCUUCCAGAAUGGCACCAACUACAUGGACGGCGCCGUCGGCGUGACCCAGUGUGCCAUUCCCACCGGAUCCUCCUUCACCUAUGACAUCAAGUUUGACCAGCCUGGCACCUACUGGUACCACGCCCACAACGAUGGCCAGUACCCCGAAGGCCUUCGCGGCCCUGUCGUCAUCCAUGACCCCAAGGGCCCCUACGAGGGCAAGUAUGACGAAGAGCUCGUCAUCUCCUUGUCUGACUGGUACCACCGGCCCGUCCGCUCUCUCAUUCAUGAGCUCAUCAGCGUCGAGAACCCCACCGGCGCUGAGCCCGUUCCCCAGGCUGCUCUGUUGAACGACACGCAAAACCUGCACGUCGCUGUCAAGCCGUCGACGACCUAUCUGCUACGUCUCGUCAACAUUGGCGCCUUUGCUGCGCACUACUUCUGGAUCGAGGGCCACGAGAUGCGCAUCGUCGAGGUCGACGGCGUGUGGACCGACGAGGCCGUCGCCGAGAGGCUGUACAUCACGCCGGCCCAGCGCUACAGUGUCCUGCUGACGACCAAGGCGGAUGCCAAGGCAAACUUUGCCAUUGUCAGCGCCAUGGACGAGGAGCUGUUCGACAUCAUCCCCGAGGACCAAAAUUCCAACGUCACCGGCUGGUUGAUCUACGAUGACCAAAAGGCUCUGCCCAAGCCCACGCCUGUGGAUGAGCUUGACUUCUUCGACGAUUUUGCUCUGGUCCCUGUUGAUCGUGAGCCGCUCCUCGAAACCCCCGAUGUCUCCAUCAGCUUUGACGUCAAGAUGGACAACCUCCGUGACGGCGCCAACUACGCCUUCUUCAACGACCUCACCUACGUCGCCCCCAAGGUCCCCUCGCUCUACUCGGCCCUCACCGUCGGCGGCGCCAACGCCACGGACGCCCGGGUCUACGGCACCCACACCAUCUCCCAUGUGCUCCGCCACCACGACGUCGUCGAGCUCGUCCUCAACAACGGCGACGACGGGAAGCACCCCUUCCAUCUGCACGGCCACAACUUCCAAGUCGUCCACCGCUCGGGCCCCGAUGCCGGCGUCUACAUCGACGACGAAUCCCACGUGCCGCCCAAGGUCCCCAUGCGUAGGGACACGGUCUACGCUGAGCCCAACGGCAACUUUGUCAUCCGCUUCCGCGCCGACAACCCCGGCGUCUGGCUCUUCCACUGUCACAUCGAGUGGCACAUGGACCAGGGCCUCGUCGCCACCAUUGUCGAGGCCCCGCUGGCCCUGCAGGCCCAGGAGAUCCCGGCCGCCCACCUCGACGCGUGCCGCAAGGGGGGCGUCCCCACGGCUGGUAAUGCCGCUGGCAACACGCGGGACGUGUUUGAUCUGCGCGGCGAGAACAAGCCCGUGCCGAGGCUGCCAGAGGGCUUCACGGCCAAGGGGUAUAUUGCGCUCAUCGCGAGCUGCGUGUCGGCGUUCAUUGGUCUGGCUUCCAUUGCGUGGUAUGGCACCAUUGGCAUGGAGGAGAAGAAGGGCAAGGCUGUCGAUGAUGAUGAUGAGUGA